AUGAACCCAAAGCCCCUAUCUUCAGCCUCGACCUACACUCAAGGCCACAGCGCGGCCGUGGUGGCAUCACACGCGUCGCGUACGGUGGAAAACUCUGCAGCGUUCCUGCUUCCUCAUCUCAAGCCGCAUUUCACGGUUGUGGAUCUGGGAUGCGGCCCGGGGACGAUCACGAAGGGCUUUUGUCCCCAUGUGGCCGACGGGUCGGUGAUUGGGAUUGACGCCGCAGAGUCGGUCAUCGAGCUCGCCCGCGCCGGCGCCUCGGAGAAAGAGUAUCCUAACCUCAGGUUCUGCGUGGGAGACAUCACGGCCCGACUGCCGCUGGACGACAACUCUGUCGACGUCGUCUACACCAGCCAGGUGCUCUACCACAUCCCCGCGCCCGUGCGCGUCAUAAAGGAAGCCCUCCGGGUGCUGAAACCAGGCGGCAUGCUCGCCAUGCGCGAGACGGACACGCUGAUUUACCACCCGGCCAACGCCGGGACCGAAGCGUUCACGGCAACUAUGGCCAGGGCAGUUUCCCCGGGUGCCCAGGGCAUCGGGUCCGGGCGACGGAUUCACCUCUGGGCGCAACAGGCCGGGUUCGAGCGGUCGAAGAUGCAGGUCCGCGCCGGCGCGACCUGCCACCCGGCGCCCGACGAGUCGAGAUGGUGGGCGAACAUCCAGGUCGAGCGGCUCCAAGGGGAGAUCGGGCGGAAGUGGUUGGAAGAGCUGAAGAUCGUGCACAACCAGGCCGAGAUCGAUGCCAUGGCCGCCGGCUUGAAAGCCUGGGGAGACAGUCCCGAGGCGUGGUAUGUCGCGGUUCAGGGAGAGGUCAUCUGUUGGAAAUGA